AUGUCGGAUCUAACAAACUCUCGAGCCGAUGAGGUGCAAAACCUCCUCAAAGCCGUCGAAGACCUUCUCAUUCCUUUUAUUCGAUCUGCAGACGAACCUCCCGUCCACGCCCACGAGAACGGAGUCAACGGACAAAAGAACGGAGUCAAUGGACAUAGCACACCUACUGGAUCAUCACUAGUGGACUACAAAAAGCCCGAAGAGCUUCGCGACAUUCUCCAGCUAGAAAUUCCAGAGAAAGGCAGACGGCAAGAGGGCCUGAUAGAAGUUCUGCAGAAGGUUCUGCGGUACUCGGUCAACACCUGGCACCAAGGUUUCCUGGAUAAGCUAUACGCGUCCACCAAUGCUCCUGGUGUCGCGGCGGAGCUCAUCCUCGCGACCUUGAACACCAAUGUGCACGUUUACCAGGUCUCGCCUGCCUUGACGGUCAUCGAGAAAUACACUGGCCAGCGGUUAGCGAACCUCUUUGGUCUACUUGGCCCACGGGCAGGAGGAAUUUCGGUCCAGGGUGGCUCGGCUUCGAAUACCACGUCAAUCGUGAUUGCGCGGAACAACCUAUACCCCGAUACAAAGAAAGAGGGUAAUGGAGGGUACCGAUUUGUGCUCUUCACGAGCGCGCAUGGGCACUAUAGCGUGGAAAAGGCGGCGCAGAUGCUAGGCUUUGGUAGCAGUGCUGUCUGGCCAGUACCCGUUGACAAACAGGGACGGAUGAUCCCGGCUGAAUUGGAGAAAUUGGUUCAGAAAGCCCAGAGUGAAGGCCGGACGCCGUUCUACGUGAAUGCCACGGCAGGAACGACGGUUAUGGGCUCCUUUGACCCGUUCAAUGAGAUUGCGGCCAUCUGUCAGAAAUAUAAUCUGUGGUUCCACAUUGAUGGGUCCUGGGGUGGGUCUUUCGUUUUCUCCCAGAAGCAGAGACAUAAGUUGUCUGGGUCGGAGAAGGCGAAUAGUAUUGCGAUCAAUCCACACAAGAUGCUUGGUGUGCCGGUGACAUGUUCGUACCUGUUGGCUGCUGAUAUGCGUCAAUUUCACCGCGCCAAUACCCUCCCCGCCGGUUAUCUUUUCCACAACGAGGAUACGGAAGCAACGAAUGGCGAUCACGAGUCAGAGAUCGAAGUCGACUCCCCGGAAGUCUGGGAUCUCGCGGACCUUACACUCCAGUGUGGUCGACGUGCUGAUUCGUUGAAGUUGUUCAUGGGUUGGACGUACUAUGGAAGUGAGGGGUAUGCCCAACAAAUUGACUCGGCAUGCGAGGUAGCUGCUCACCUUGCCACACUUGUGGAGAAGAACCCAAACUUCAUCUUGGUGAGCGAAAACGCGCCGCCUUGUCUGCAGGUCUGCUUUUAUUACGCUCCUGGCAAAGAGUUCGUGUACCCGCGGGGUGUUGUGUCGAAUGAAACACAGCGCGGGAAGGACAAUAGCAAGGUUACUGAGCAAAUCACGCAUGCAAUCGUCCCCAAGGGUUUCAUGGUAGACUUUGCUCCGCCUAGUGGAGAUGAGGAUGCAGUUGGAAAUGGCAAGUUCUUCCGCUGUGUGGUGAAUGUUUUGACCAGCAAAGAAACGGUUGAGUCUCUCAUUUCUGCGAUCGAGGAAUCUGGUCCGGGCGUCAUCGAGACUUUGAAGACCAAUGACCGACUUACUACACGGAAGCGACAUGGUGAGCAUGGUCACGGGCCAGUCGUGCAUCCUAAAUGA